AUGAGCGUCCACUCGCUUGACUACGCGCAACGCGCGCCUAAACCAGAUACCCUUCAAGUGCUCGACCUCGAGGCCGGUCACCAAUCACCAAAUUCCCCGAUCUCACCCAUGAGACGGGAGGGCUCCGUCACCGAUGCGUUCACCACCGCAGCAGCCAGAGUCAAUUCCACCGAUACAGCCAAGCGCCGAGCGCGACGCUCCAAUACCGCACGGUCAUACCAUCCGGAAGGCUUUUUAAGUGAGAUCAAUUGGCAGCCAGGCACGGAACCAGGUAUCGACCCAACGAAACCUCUACCCGCAUACAGCUCGGAAUGGGCGUCGAACGUGCCGGGCGACCUACAGCGGGAGUGCGAGAUCACCGUGGUGGACUUUUCGCAGCAUGAAAUGCGACAAUAUGAACUUGACAACGAGACACUUCCGCAAUUCCUCUCCCGUGAGCGAGAGCCUUGGGUACAAUGCCGGUGGAUCAAUGUGAAUGGGUUAAGCUGGGAUGUGAUCAAAUGCGUCGGCAGUCAUAAAGGGCUACAUCGACUGGCAAUCGAGGAUAUUGUCCACACUACCAACCGGACGAAGGCUGAUUGGUACUCGGACCACGCAUUUGUUGCCUUAACAUUGCAGAAGCUGGUGAAGCUCCAAGAAGCGGAUAGCAGUGACUCCGAGGACGAGGGUAACGGACAUGAAUGGGGCGGCAAGGAGCGCAAGAGCUCUGUUGUGAGCGAUAAGAGCUCUGUGUCGAUGAAACAUUUGACCAAACGACGUCUUAUCUUUGAUGCCCUGAAAGAUAUCUUCUGGUCUCAAAAUCGAUCAAAGAACGAAAAAGGGAAGGCGACGGUAGGAGCCAGUGUUCGCCCUGGUCCAAGGCGAUCAAAUUCAAAACGCGCGUCCCAGUUUGGGAAUAUUGCUCCUGCCCGAGCAGCCACUGCCAGAACACUCCAGCGCUUUCGCGGGGGCCCGAACGAGGAUCGGAUCGAUUUUAUGGAACGACACGCUGUGCUAGCGUCCAAGGGCUUAUGUGUUACCUUGGAGCAAGUUUCAGUUUUCCUGCAUGCCGACAACACCGUCACAUCGUUCUUCGAAAACAGUGCAGACGAUAUCGAAGCCCCCAUUGUCCGACGCCUCAGCUCACCGGAGACCAUUCUUCGGCAGUCAUGCGAUGCUAGUAUGCUUCUGCAAGCCAUUCUGGAUGCUGUCAUCGAUCUUGCCAUUCCAGUUACCAUGGCCUAUCAAGAUGCAAUUGGCGACCUCGAGCUUGGGGUCUUGACCGAUCCGGACAUAGAUCAGUCAAAAAGCCUCUAUAUUCUAACAUCUGAGAUCGCGGUGUUGCGGAAUUCGAUGCAGCCAAUGGUAGCCGUGAUCAAUGCACUCCGUGAUCAUCGAUCCGACCCAAUUGCUACCCCAGGCUUUGGCGCCCUGCGAAAGGCGAUGUUCAGCCCGAUUUCAACGCCUGGUGAGCCCGAGCUCCAGCAGCCUGCUGCCACCAUUGGCACCAUUACACCCAACCUGAAGAGCUUUGGAGGCUCGAGUGUCACGAUUAGCACGAUGUGCCAUACCUAUCUAGGGGAUGUCCUUGAUCAUUGUAUCACUAUUGUGGAGGGAUAUGAUCAAAUGCGGCGCGCCGCAGAUAACAUGAUAGAUCUGAUCUUCAACACUAUUGGAGCCUACCAGAACGAGAGUAUGAAGCAACUGACCAUAGUCACCUGCCUGUAUCUUCCGAUGACCUUUUUAACGGGUUACUUUGGAAUGAACUUUAAAAAGUUUGAAGGCAUCGAUCACAGUGACUCAUAUUUUUGGAAGAUCGCUGUGCCAUUCGUCUUUGUCACCACGCUUUUGCUCAUGCGUGAUAAGAUCCAGCGUUAUGUUGUCAUGCUCGCACAGAGACGCCUUAUCAUUAGCUCCAGGAAGCAGAGACGAGAGAGGAAGAAAAGGUGA